AUGAAUACAAUCAUGGAUCACGAGAUCACAGCCACCGCUGUAAUGGAUCCGGCUUCUGCAACUGCCCUCGCCAGCAUGGAAUCCAUAAGCUUUGAUGGUGGGCACAAGUCCUGCCGUAUCAACCCCAUGCUUUGGAACUGGAACACUAUUGGUUCCUGCUUUAUUUCUAUGUCGUGGCACAUUGAAUCCUAUGCCAAGUUCGGCGCAACCUGCGUCUGCGCCAUCAUCCUGGUCAUGGGUCUUGAAUUCUUCCGUCGCUUGGCUAGAGAAUGGGACCGCCACCUCCUCGCCAAACACGCCGCCAAGUUUGAAGAAUCAUCUGCUCCCGCUGCUGGUGUUGAAUUUGCGGUCCUUCAACCUGCUGCCGCUCAACCUUCUGCUGCUCAACCUGAUGACAUUCAACCUGUGGCCGCUCAGCCUGCUGCCGCUACUGGCCCCAACAAUGGUAAAGAUGCAAACGCCGCUAUCAACGGCGCCAACCCCAUCCCCCCUUUUCGCCCCAACAUCUGGCAACAGGCCUUUCGGGCUUUAUUGCACAUGGUGCAGUUUGCUGUCGCCUACUUCAUCAUGCUGUUGGCCAUGUCCUUCAAUGGUUACAUCAUCAUUUCUAUCUUCAUCGGUGCUUACUUUGGUGCUUUCGCCUUUCAGUGGGACAAAAUGAGCGCGACUGGCAACACUAGUACUUCCCAGGGGCCUACUAUUUGCUGUGGUUAG